CGCUGCGGACCCCAAGUUUACCAAUGUGGUUAUUUACAGCCCGUUGAUUUUUUUGCUCAAUUUACUCACCUCCUUCCUCAGCUGCAUACAGCCAUACAGCAAACAAGCUCCUCUGCUGGGGGAGAAGUUGCUCUUGACUUAAACCACUCUGAUGUGAUAGUAUAUUGUGCUAGGUAGGCAGUGUAACCCAGAUAUGGCAUCAGGGGUAGGUAGGAAAACACCUGGCAAUACCCGCGUAUGUCAGAAAUACCUGAUGUUCACAGACACAGAGCUGCAAGAAACUAGGCUGAGAAAACAACCCCAUUUCAUAUGGAUUUACUGGGCUUUCAAGCCUACACGUACAUAGUCAUCAGCUAGCAACUCCCAAAGCAUUUAAACAGAUUGCUUCUUUUUGUUCGGUGGGGUAGAAGUUUGUGGGGUGAUCAGCUAUUUAAUACAUUCCCAAAAGACAUCUGCAAAGGCUUUCAAAGUUAACUCUCCCAUUUAAUGUUAACUCAAAUAAAAUGUUACGUUUCAGAAUUGGCCAGAGAAACACAGACCUUCUGAAGUCUUUUUCUCAGUGUGGAUAAAAUUUGAAAUUACGUUAGUGAAAUUGGUUUUGAAUAUCCUCUUCCAAAACAAUUUUUUUGUGAAAACUUCAGAGAAAGAAAUGAAUCCACAGGCUUAUACAACUUCUUCAUAGUAAUAACAGACAAAAGCCUAAGCUUGGAAUUUCCAUGCCCCCGAUGUAUGUAAAUCAUAUCAGUUUAAUUUCAGUUUUGUCUGCAGUUGCGCAAACUCCACAUAAAACGCUGCAGAGAACCAAAGCAUGAAAGACGUCCCUGGAGGAUAUGGUUUUUAGAUACUUCCAAGCAAGCCAUUGGGAUGUUGUUCAUCCACUUUGCAAAUGUCUAUUUAUCAGACCUUACAGAAGAAGACCCUUGUUCACUGUACCUUAUCAACUUCUUGUUAGAUGCCACAUUAGGAAUGCUGUUAAUCUACAUUGGUAUACGUGCAGUCAGCAGCAUUGUGGAAUGGCAGCAGUGGGAGUCCCUUCGCUUUGGUGAAUAUGGUGACCCGCUGCAGUGCAGUGCUUGGCUGGGCCAAUGUGCUCUGUACAUAAUGAUUAUGACAUUUGAGAAAACCAUCAUCAUCAUAGUGCUUCUUAUACCUCAGUGGAAAGAGGUAGCUUUAUUGAAUCCUAUAGAGAACCCCCAGUUGGAGCUGGCUAUCGUCAUGCUGAUAGUUCCCUUCUUUGUUAAUGCGUUAAUGUUCUGGGUAGUAGACAAUUUUCUUAUGAAGAAAGGGAAAACAAAAGCUAAACUUGAAGAAAAGGAAGCAGGACAAGAUUCAAGAAAUGGAAGUAAAGUCCGAUACAGGAGAGCAGCAUCGCACGAAGAGUCAGAGUCAGAAAUCCUUAUUUCAGCGGACGAUGAGAUGGAGGAAUCAGACACUGAAGAGGAUCUGCGUAGACUGACCAGCUUAAAGCCCAUUAAGAAAAAGAAGCAUCGUUUUGGUCUACCUGUAUGACAUAUUCCGUGACCUGUGUAUUUGCAGGUUUCAUGGCAAAAACUUCAGUCAGUGGGUUUUAAUGUUGCAAUUGCAUCUCCCUUUUCAUACAAACUGACUUAAAAGCAAGGUCUACCAACAGAAUGCAAAGAGUUGGAAGACUUGCAGUUCAGUUGCACUACAGACACACUGACGAAUUAUGCAAGAAUGUCUUUUCAUGAUAUGUGAGAAGCAGCGUUGUUAAGGACUAGUCGCUGACGGGAUUUGUAUCUGACAUUUUGGAGAAGAUCACAGAAAACAUACAGCAAUCUUUCGCUUAUGGUUACUGAUGAUACGGUUUAAAAUGUUCUCAAAAAGACGUCAGAAUCAGCCAAGUUAAAGGAGUGUGUUUUAUUACUAAAACUGGCUUUUGCAGCAUAAUUCCUAGAGCAGAAUAGUUUAUGGUUACAAGCUGUAACUUAACAUUAUUUUUUUAAGUACAAAUGUUUACUU